AUGGCCGGUCUGGGUUUGCCCUUCGCGAUGUUGCGCACCGCCGGUCAAGGGCAAAGAGGUAGUAACACAGCGGCGAGGAACAAUGCCGGCCCGGCUGGCCAACGAAACAACAACAACAACCAAGG